GGAGCGCAGCUCGCCGGGGGCUGCGCGGGACGGGACGGGACAGUCGAGGGGGGGGACGCCACGGCCCCAGCGCCAGGACGGCUCAGCCAGCGGCCGCCCCCGUGGGACUCACACCCAGGCCGGCGGAGGAGCAGCGCUGCGACCUUCGGGGCUACUGCCCGUGGGGGGGGGAGGCACCGAUUCGAACAGCACCUGCACCGGGGGGCCACCUCUGCCCCAGCACCCGUGGCAGGCACCCAGCACCCUUGGGCUGCAGACGCGGGGAGAAGCGGGGCACGGAGCUGCCGGCUAGGGGCGGCGGGGCUCACGGGUGUGGGCAGGGAACCCGCAGACCAUGCAUCGAGCGCAGGGACGUGGUGGCACGAGCAGGGCCAGUGGGCAGCCCCGGGUGGCCCCACCGAGCCCUGGCAUCCCCCCGAAGCGCGCCAAGGUCACAGCAGAGCCGGGGGCACCUGCGGAGGGCCCAGCUCGGCUGGCAGCGCCGUUUUUUGUGCGGAAGCUGAAGAAUGCGGCGAUCGGCACUGGCUGCGACAUCCGGCUGCGGGUGGUGGUGGUGGGCAACCCCCAGCCCAGCCUCCGCUGGUACCGAAACGAGGAGGUUCUGGCCCCACAAGAGGAGGAAUAUGGCACCCUCUGGAUCCGGGACAGCAGGAAGGAGGAUGCUGGUGUGUACACUUGCAUUGCCGAGAAUGAGCGGGGAGAGGCCAUGACCAGCGCCGUGCUGGCCAUCAUUGACAUGGAAGACUCGGAGACAGGCGAGGAUGAGCCCAGUGAUCCCCAGGUGACGCAGCGCAGCGAGCUCCAGGAUGAGACGGCCUUCAGCACCCCCACAGGUGGGUCUGACACCCUUGUGGAUGCCUCCAUGAACACAACGCCGACCUCGGUGCUGGCCUUGUCACAGGCGGAGGAGCGCUCCAGCUGGUCGGGCAGCCAGCAGACCGUGGUGGAGAAGGAGAUGGAUGCCAGCCUCUCCGCACGGGGACCCUACCUCCGUCCCACGGCGUGGCAGCAGCCCCAGGGAACCCCAAGGCAAGCAAACACGCCGGCCCCGCUCGGCGCCGAGGUCCGGCACCUGGGCGUGGAGCCACUGGUGCGGGCAUCAAGGGCUAAUCUGGUGGGCACGAGCUGGGGGUCGGAGGAUAGCCUUUCAGUGGCCAGUGACCCGUACGGCAGCGCCUUCAGCCUGUACCGAGGACGGGCGCUCUCGCUCCACGUCAGCAUCCCUCAGGGGGCCUACCGGAGAGAUGACCCAAACAGUCACCCCGUUUCUCCAAAGCCUGGUACUGAGCCUCCGAGGUCCCCUGCAGCCCUGCCACUGACCACCAAGCCACCCAUCCUCCGCUCGCCAUCUCCUCGCACUGGCCUUUCACCCACGGGCACCACAUCCCAGCCUGCCCCUCGUGGCCCUGGCGUCCCCUCCUUCGCACCCGUGACCCCCCGCAAGAAGUCCUCGGUGCCGGCUGAGUACCACGACACUGUCCCUGAGGAGUACGAGGAGAAGAUCAAGAAGCCCAAGUCCUCGGGGCACUCACAGGGCAGCACGCAAGACUCCCGUCCUCAGACACCCAUGAGUGACACCUCUGGCCGCAUCUCCAUCCGGGCAUCUCCCAAGCUGGUGCGUGCUGGCUCCAGGAUCUUCGAGAGGCUGCAGUACUUCGAGGAGCGGCGGAGGAGCCUGGAGCAGGCAGACAGCUCCUUUCCCGCACAUCCCGGCCUGCCCUUGCGCAAGACACGCUCCUUUGACCAGCCCGGCUCUGGCUCACGCCGUGCGGGCACACCGAGCAGCUCACGGGAGGAUGUCCGGGAAGGCGGCCACUGGGAGCCGGGCAGCACGGCAGCGAGCCGGCGUCUGGCCUUCCGGCAGAAAGCUGCCUCCUUCGAUGAGCGCGGCAAGUUCGCCAGCCGUGUCUACGCCAUCGAGCACAAGUUUGCAGAGGAGCUGACACGCAUCAAGCGGACGGUAUCCAAGCAGCAGCUGCGGCGCUCUCAGGAGCUGUGCAAAGCAGGGCUGCCCCCGGCACCCUCGCCCCCAGCGGCCAGCGAGCCCCCUGCGCCCCGCAUCCCCCGCACCCCUUCCUCACAGGGUACCAGUGGGCGCAAGGGUCUUCCACCAAAGACUGUCCCGCCAGUGGAGAGCACGCACGUGAUUCAGCACCUGGCACUUUCCAGUGUGGCACUUGUGGGAUCCGAUGGGGAGCCAGAGCCAGGGGGACAGCGUGGGAGGAAAGCCCCAGUUCGGGGCAGCACAGCAGCUGGCCAGCCCACCCAGGUGGAGGAUGUUGGUGCCAGGAAGGGUCCACAGCAAGAAGGCACUGGGGAAGUGAAGAAGAGGGAGCAGUGGCUGUUAGCACAAGCCACCUCGCAGGGACGGGUGGCCCUUUCACAGGCAGGUCCUGCCGGAGGCAGCCCAUGCCCAGACGGGAGCCCCGCUGGAGGAGCCCGUGCCCCCGGGGCGGUGAGUGAAGCCCUGGCUACCCGGCUGGCUGUGCCCCAGGGGUUGUACCGGUGGCCAGAGGCACCAGCUGAAGUACGGUUCCUGCCCUGGGCGAAGCCAGGGAUGGACCAGGAGGCUCGCCUGGAGAGGAGCUGGGCAGGGCAGCACGGCACAGGCAGGGAGGUGGAGAGAAGGCAGACGAAAGUGUCGGAGAAGAAAGAGAGUGGCCGGAUGGCUCAAGAAGGCAGGAGCACACGGAGCAAGGGGAAGGGGCGCCGAGCCAGGCCCACCUCUCCAGAGCUAGAGUCCUCUGAUGACUCCUACGUCUCAGCGGGUGAAGACCCCCUGGAAGCCCCCGUCUUUGAGAUUCCCAUCCAGGACAUGGCAGUGGCCGUGGGGGCGGAGGUGCUGCUCAAGUGCAUUGUCACAGCCAAUCCCCAGCCAGAAGUGUCCUGGAGGAAGGACGGGGUCCCGCUGCGGAGCAGCACGACGCGGCCCAUCAAAGCGGAGGGCGAGCGUCACACCCUGCUUGUCCGGAGCGCUCGGGUAGCCGACGCCGGCCUCUACACUGUCACGGCGGCCAACGAGGUGGGGGCGACCUGCUGCAGUGCCAUCCUCAGCGUAAGGCCCGCCCCGGCUGUGGAGCGGCAUGGGAACUUGGCACCCCCCCUCGGCCAGGCCAGCCCUAUCACCUCUGAUGAGGAGUACCUGAGUCCCCUGGAAGAGUUCCCUGAAUCUGGCACCCCUCAGCACCGACCGGCCAUGAAGCUGCAGCCUAGAGCCGAGCAUGGGGCUGCCCACAGCUCCCCAGAGAGUACCUUCAAGGCUGCACCCACCUUUGAGGUGUCCCUGUCAGACCAGUCAGUGCUGGAGGGGCAGGAUGUCAGCAUGAGCGUCCGCGUCCGUGGGGAGCCCAAGCCCAUCAUUUACUGGCUGAGGAACCGGCAGCCAGUGAAGUAUGGCCGCCGGCACCACGCAGAGGCGGAAGGGGCGCGGGGGCUUUUCACGCUGCACAUCCUGGCGGCGGAGCGCACUGACACCGGCUUCUACACCUGCAAGGCCGUCAACGAGUAUGGCACCAAGCAGUGUGAGGCCAAGCUGGAGGUCAGAGCUCGCCCUGAGUGCCAGUCCCUGGCCAUCGUGGUUCCCCUGCAGGACGUGGUGGUCGGGGCAGGGGAGCUGGCCCUCUUUGAGUGCAUGGUGGCUGGCCCACCAGACAUGGACGUGGACUGGCUUUCCCGGGGCCGGCUGCUCCAACCCGCCCUGCUCAAAUGCAAGAUGCAUUUUGAUGGGCGCAAGUGCAAGCUGCUGCUCACUUCCGUGCAUGAGGACGACAGCGGGAUCUACACCUGCAAGCUCAGCACUGCUAAAGAUGAGCUGACCUGCAGUGCUCGGCUGACAGUGCAGCCCUCUGUGCAGCCGCUCUUCACCCGCAAGCUGGAGGACGUGGAUGUGGUGGAAGGGCGGACAGCACGUUUUGACUGCAUGAUCAGUGGGACUCCCCCUCCGGUGGUUAUCUGGACCCAUUUUGGCAAGCCAGUGCAGGAGGGGGAGAAUGUGCGGAUCCAGCAGGACGGGGGGCUGCACUCACUGGUUGUUGUGCAUGUGGGCAGUGAGGAUGAGGGGCAGUACACGGUGACCGCCAGGAAUGCCCAUGGCCAUGUGGAGUGCUCUGCUGAGCUCUAUGUGGAGGAGCCACGGCCAUCUGCUGCCUCCCAGAUCUCCAAGCUGGAGAAGAUGCCAUCCAUUCCAGAGGAGCCAGAGCAGGCAGAAACAGAGACAGAGUGUUUCACCAUGCCCGAUUUCCUGAAGCCGCUGCACAACCUCGACGUGGUGGAGUCCAAGGAGGCUGUGCUGGAGUGCCAGGUGGCUGGGAUGCCCUACCCCUCCAUCACUUGGUUCCACAAUGGCUCCCGCAUUGACAGCACGGAUGACCGCAAGAUGAUGCAGUAUAAGGAUGUCCAUCGCCUGGUGUUCACGGCUGUCACCCACGCACAUGCUGGUGUCUAUAAAAGUGUCAUCGCCAACAAAGUGGGGAAGGCCACAUGCUACGCACACCUCUAUGUCACUGAUGUGGUACCAACACCUCCAGAUGGGCCUCCCACCGUGGCCUCAGUGACAGGCAGAGCCAUCACACUGACCUGGAAUAAGCCCAAGUGGCUGGACACUGCCAUAGACCCUAACUCGGUGACCUACGUGGUGCAAAUGCAAGUGCUGGGCACAACACAGUGGUUGGUGCUGGUGGCUGGCGUGGGGAAAACCACCUACACAGUGUAUGGGCUGACCAAGGGUGCCCAGUACCUCUUCCGUGUCAUCACUGCCACCCCGAAGACCAACAGCAAGCCCUCCCCGCCUGUGGGGCCUGUGCAGCUUCUGGACCGGGGUCCGUACCUGGAAGAGGCUCCGGUCAUCCUGGACAAGCCAGAUGUGGUGUACAUGGUGGAGGGUCAGCCAGCCUCCAUCACCAUCACUAUCAACCAUGUGGAGGCCACUGUCACCUGGAAGAGGGGCGGGCAGGUGCUGGGGGACAAGGAGGGCGCCUGUGAGGUGACGAUGCCGGACGAUGACCAGCACUGCCUGCGACUGCUGCGCGUGGGCCGGGGGGCGGUGGGGUCGCUGGCCUGCGAGGUGAGCAACCGCCACGGCACUGCCUGCUGCACCCUCCGCCUCCGCCUCGCAGAGGCACCACGCUUUGAGUCCAUCAUGGAGGACAUUGAUGUCCAGGAAGGGGAGACGCCACGCUUUGCUGUGGUAGUUGAGGGAAAACCGCUGCCGGACAUCAUGUGGUACAAGGAUGGGGUCCUCUUGGAGGAGAGUAGCCACCUGAGCUUCGUGUAUGAGGACAACGAGUGCUCACUAGUGGUGCUGGGUGCCGCUGAGCCUGACAGUGGUGUCUACACCUGCACAGCCAAGAACCUGGCCGGGGAGGUCUCCUGCAAAGCGGAGCUGGUGGUUCGAUCAGCCCAGCCCACUGCCGAUGCUGCCAUGGAGGAGGAUGCGCUGCAUAAGGCACGACGCCUGACUGAUUACUAUGAUGUGCAUGAGGAGAUUGGGAGAGGGGCUUUCUCCUACCUGCGGAGGGUGACAGAGAAGAGCAGCCGGAUGGACUUUGCUGCAAAGUUCAUCCCCGGGAGAACCAAGGCCAAGCAGUCGGCACGCCGGGAGCUGCACAUCCUCUCGCAGCUGGACCACGAGCGCAUCGUCUUCUUCCAUGAUGCCUUCGAGAAGAAGAAUGCCGUUAUCAUUGUCAUGGAGCUCUGUGCUGAGGAAGAGCUGCUGGAUAGGAUGGCAAGGAAGCCUUCAGUGUGUGAGUCUGAGGUCCGGUCCUACAUAAGGCAGGUCCUGGAGGGGAUCUGCUACCUGCACCAGCACAGAGUCCUGCACUUGGACAUCAAACCAGAAAAUCUCCUGAUGGCGGAUUCGAGCAGUGAACAGGUCCGGAUCUGUGACUUCGGAAAUGCUCAGGAGCUGACUCCCGAGGAGCCACAGUACUGCAAGUAUGGCACCCCCGAGUUCGUGGGCCCCGAGAUCGUCAACCAGAGCCCUGUCUCCAGUGUCACAGACAUCUGGCCCGUGGGGGUCGUCGCCUACCUCUGCCUGACUGGGAUCUCACCCUUUGUGGGAGAGAACGACAAGACAACGUUGAUGAACAUCCGCAACUACAACGUGGCCUUUGAGGAGAGGAUGUUCCAGGGGCUCACACGGGAAGCCAAAGGAUUUGUCAUCAAAGUGCUGGUCAACGACAGGCUGAGACCUAAUGCAGAGCAGACCCUGGAGCAUCCCUGGUUCAAGACGCUGGCCAAGGGGAAGGUCAUCAGCACUGAUCACCUGAAGCUCUUCCUCUCCCGUCGGAAGUGGCAGCGCUCGCAGAUCAGCUACAAGUGCAACAUGGUGCUGCGUCCAAUCCCAGAGCUGCUGGAGGACACGUCCAAUCACCUCUCCAUUGCUGUGCCCCGGCACCUCAAGGAGUCACCAGCACUGUCAUCCUCCUCAGACUCAGAUGACCUGGAUGAGCUGCCUUUUAUCCCCAUGCCCCACCAGAUGGAGUUCUCUGGCUCCCGCAUGUCACUCAAUGAGAUCCCUACGGAUGAUGAGGCCAUUGGGCCACCUGAGGGGCCAUGCCUGGAGGGUGUCACACCAGAGGACAUCUCUGCCAUGGAGUGGCAGAGCCAGCGUGUGGGGAAGCCUGGGGUGGCCCUGGGGAAGCGGCCAAGGGGCACUGGUCCACGACGGCCAUGCACAGAGGUGGAGGCACCUGGCUCCUCUGACGAAGAAGCCCCUGAAGCCCAGAAGCGGCCAGAGUACCCCCGCAAAGCCAUGAGGAAGGGCUCAAGCCUGGAGUCCCCAGGAAGCACCCGUAGGGGAGAACUGAAGAGGGGUGGCUCUGCCGACAGUGCCCUGCUGAUCCAGCAACCCCCAGGGAAAGAGGAGAGGACCGAGGUGGGCCGGGACUCCCGCCAGGCCCUUGCCAAGGCAGCGUCCAUGGAGCUGCCACGGCGGAAGGGGGUUUUGGGGGAGGAUGAUCAUGCCCAGCGCCUGGAGCUGAUGCGCCAGCGGCUGCUGCGGGGCAGCUCUGGAGACGGCAAGGUCAGUGGCCUGCGGGGUCCCCUCCUGGAGACCCUGGGGGUUGGUCCUGAGAAGAAGGUCCCACGGCCAACCCGGUUGGAGCCACCCGCAGUGCCGCGGCUGGUGCGGGCGGCCUCCAGUGAGGCCACCUCGCCACGCCUCCUCCACACUGAACGCCGCCUGCAGAAGAGCAGCUCCUUCAGCCAUGGGGACGCCGAGCCUGUUGUCCGGCACCGCCGCUCUGGUGCACCCCUGGAGAUCCCGGUGGCCUGCCUGGAGGCCCAGCAGCUGAAGGAGUCUCCUUCGCUCUCAGCCCUUUCUGACACCCGGCCCCCAAUCUCACCGGACACACCUGGCUCACCAACACCCCCUGUGGUAGAGAUCACCACCCCCCAGGUCCCCACUGUCAAGGCUGCCUUGGACAGGAGGCAUGUUCCAGAGGAGCGUGGCCAGCCCAGAACCACUAUGGCUGCCACCACCACAGGGAAGAAGCCCAUGGUCAGGGUGCAGGAGGAGAAGACACCCACCAAGGCUGCUGGAGCCAGUGGGGAGGGGGCUGCCAGGAUGGGAGCACCCAUCCCACUGCAGCCCCUGGCCGCUGGCACCCAAGCUUUCAAAAUGUCUUCCUACGCCAAGGUCAUGCAAGCCAUGGGAGCUGUGCGAGAUGAGGAGCCAGCCACUGAGGAAGCCCCCCAGCCCCCACCCGCCACCCCUGCUGAGCCACCUGUGCCAGCAGCACCAGCACUGAGGAAGGAGGCAAAGCCCACCAGCUCCUCUAGUUCCCUGCUCAUCCAGGACAUCGACUCAGAGGAGGUCUUUGAGGCCAAGUUUAAGCGGGGCCGGGAAUCAUCACUCAGCCGGGGGCUGAAGCUCCUCACCCGCUCCCGCUCCGAGGACCGACACCUGGCCAGCCCCCUGGCCCCUGAUGAGGGCAUCUACCGUCCCACACCAGCCGGCGUGCCCCUGGAGCUGCGCAGGGACCAGCCCACUGGGCUGGCAGCCAAGUCCAAGUCAGUGCAGGACCUGCACGAGGUGGAGAAGGAUGGGGGCUUCCUCCGGAGGAUGUCUGUGCUUCUCAAGCGGACCCCACCUGCCGAGCGGAAGAAGAGCAAGGGGGAGGAUGGAGGUGGUGAGACCCCAUCCAGCAGGCGCCGUUUUUCCUGGAGCCUGGCCCGGGGCAGCUCCAAGGAGCGGAGGGACUCAGAGAGCCUCAAGUCAGAGUCGGGGGGUGGCGGGGAGAGCGAGUCACCAGCGGUGGCUGUGCGGAGGAAGAUCAGCGCCACAAUGGAUCGGGUCUCUGCACGGCUGCGCAGCCUGUCGGAUGAGCGGCCGGAGGGCGAGGGGUCCGGGGAGCUCCGCCGCACCAGCUCCGAGGGGGAGAGCCUGCAGCCGGGGCUGCCCCCGGCACCCGCACCCUCCUCUGAGUCCCUGCGUUCGGAGGGCAGCACCCACUCCUCUGCCUCCACCAAAGGCGGGGGCGAGGGCCAGAAGCGGUCCCGCUGGGAGCGCUGGGGACUCUCACGGAGCAAGAAGGAGAAGGUGGCCUCGCAGCCCAGCAUCCCUUCCAGCCUGCUGCGGGAGGAGGGACCCACCGCCGGCCGGCCCCACACACCCAGUGAGUCGGAUUUCCCCCCCAUUUUCCACAUCAAGCUGAAGGACCAGGUGCUGCUGGAAGGCGAGGCGUUGACCCUCUGCUGCCUGCCUGCUGGCAGCCCAACCCCCAGAAUCCUCUGGAUGAAAGACAAGAAGUCCCUGCAGCCAGACAAUGCACUGAACGUAGUCUCCUGCAAGGAUGGCCGGCAGAUGCUCACCAUUGCCAAGGUCUCCAGGAAGGAUGCUGGGCUGUAUGAGUGUGCAGCUGCCAACGCCCUGGGCACAGCCAUCAGCUCCUGCACGCUGGCUGUGGCACGGCUCCCUGGGCGGCCAGGCACCCCGGAGAUCCCCCAGAAGUACAAGAACACGGUGCUGGUGCUGUGGAAGCCUGCGGAGAGCAAAGCCCCCUGCACCUACACGCUGGAGCGCAGGCUGGAAGGGGAGCAUGAGUGGAAGAUCAUCAGCACUGGCAUUGCUGACUGCUACUUUAACGUGACGGAUUUGCCCCCUGGGAGUGCUGCCAAGUUUCGAGUGGCUUGUGUCAACAAGGCUGGACAGGGGCCCUACAGCACCCCUUCUGGGAAGGUGCACCUCGAGGUAGCAGAUGCCCAAGCAUCCCCAGCCAAGGACAUUGUCAUCCCUGUCCCUGAGAAGAUGGCUUCCAGCCGCUCAACCCAGACAUCCGUGGGGCAGCUGGAGCCACCAGCCGUGGGGGUCCCCCCCACCACGCCACCCCGCAAGAACAAGGGAGUGGUGAAGAAGGCAGAUGGGGUGGCACAGGCGGAUGUCCCCCCAGAGGUUCUCCAGCCCCCCAUGCUCCCCAUGGAGGGGCCGCAGCCAGACCCGGAGCUCCCACCCAACCUCACUGUCUGUGUGCCCCCAGAGCUGACAUUCACCCCCCCUCGGACUGCUGCCACACCCCACACAGACGCCCCCACUCGGGGCUCCCCUGCAUCCCCCACGGACACGUCCCCACCACCCCGGGCUCCAUCUCCUUCCAAGUUCUCCCCCAUUUCCACAGUGUCGACCACCCCAAGUUCAGCCCCCACACUGUCCCACACCCCCAAUGCCACACCCAUGCGGAAGAUGCCCCCCUACAUGGUCACUUCCUUCGUCUCCAUGCCCCCCACAUCACCUCCUGUGCAGGAGCCCACCAGCACCACCCCAUCCUCCAAGGAGGCCACAGCUGAGAGUGGGGUCCCAGGGGCUAAGGAUGGCACGGCUCUGCGGCAGGGUGUCCCCCAAAAGCCCUACACUUUUCUGGAUGAGAAGGCGAGGGGUCGCUUUGGGGUGAUCCGGCUGUGCAAGGAGAACUCCACGGGGAAGCACUUCAUGGCCAAGAUCGUGCCCUAUGAGGAAGAGAGGAAGCAGAGCGUGCUGCAGGAGUAUGAGAUCCUCAAGGCCCUGCACCACGAGCGCAUCAUGGCCCUGCAUGAGGCGUACAUCACCCCUCGAUACCUGGUGCUCAUCUGUGAGAACUGUGCUGGCAAGGAGAUCCUCUACAGCAUCGUGGACAGGUUUCGCUACUCGGAGGACGACGUGGUGAGCUAUGUGCUGCAGCUCCUGCAGGGCCUUGAGUACCUGCACGGCCACCGCAUUGUGCACCUCGACAUCAAGCCAGAUAACAUCAUUGUCUCGGGCAUGAAUGCCCUCAAGAUCAUCGAUUUUGGCAGCGCCCAGACCUACAACCCUCUUGUGCUGCGGCAGCUGGGGCGGCGUGUUGGGACCCUGGAGUAUAUGUCGCCAGAGGUGGUGAAGGGGGACCCAGUGGGCUCUGCAGCAGACGUCUGGGGUGUUGGCGUCCUUACCUACAUCAUGCUUAGUGGACGGUCCCCGUUCUUCGAACUGGACCCCAUUGAGACAGAGAAUCGCAUCCUGGCAGGGCGCUUUGAUGCCUUCAAGUUGUACCCCAACGUCUCACAGGGUGCUGCCCUCUUCAUCCGCAAGGUCCUCGCUGUCCACCCCUGGAGCCGCCCCACGGUGAAGGACUGUUUUGCCAACGCCUGGCUCCAGGAUGCCUACCUGAUGAAACUGCGCCGCCAGACCCUGACCUUCACCACCAACCGCCUCAAGGAGUUCCUGGUGGAGCACCAGCGGCGCCGUGGGGAGGCUGUCACCAAGCACAAGGUCUUACUCCGCUCCUACCAGGGUGGUCAGCCACCGGGGCCACAGUAGCUGGUGCCUCGGCCGCGGCCGCAAGGGGCUGAGGAGCCAGAGGAACAUUCCAGGGGCUGCCGGACGGGGCAGCCGAGGAGGAGCUGGGAUAUGCUGGGACGAGCCCAUGGACCUCGUGUGCUGCCAUGAGGAAUGCUGGCAGCUGGCAUUAUUUUGGCAGUGCCGAUGGAGAGGGAAGGUGCUGCCCCAGCCAGUCUGGUGGUGGGGUCUGGCAGUGGGCAGGUGAUAGGAAGCCUUACUGGGAGGAAUGAAGAAUGUGGCAGAGGGUUGGGAGAAGGAUGGAAUGGGAGUGGGGGAGGCGGGGGCAAGGGAAGACCCAGGUGGGAACAGGAGAGCCACUGGCCAGCCCUGGCCACGCAGGUCCUGUCAGCUGUGUGCCUUAUGCUGCAGCCAGCAGCUGCCCUGGUCACAGCAUGGGGGUCCCUGCACUCGCCCCAGUUUUGACACCAGUGCCCAAGGACUGAGGCUGCUCCAGUGGUUCCAGCAAAGAGGGACCCACUUGCAGCCUCCUGACACGCCAGCCAGCACAGCCCCAGUCCCCAUGGCUGGGUGCAGGGGCCAGCAGUCCACCACCUUCCACUCCUCCCAGCCCCAGUCCUGGCAAGCAGGUUUGUGGCCCCAGGACUGAUGCCGGUGCCUUCCCUGGGGCUGUCGGCUGUGCCCCGCACUGGCGGGGGGGAGCUGUCUGGCACCCUGUCUUUGCAGGGGGGCAUGCAGGUGCCACGCACCCCUCCUGCGCCUGCUCAGGCCCACGCUGCUCAUGCUCUGCCCACCUGGCUCUGGCCCUCACCCUGCUGCCAGCCUGUCCGCAGACCACCCCGGACCCCCCUAACCUAAUUCUUACCCCCCACCUCACCCCCUGGUGCCACGGCACAGCCCCGGAGGUGCCUUACCAAGCCCCCAGCCCCCUCCUUGCCCCCUUCCUGGCUGGUGGCAGGAUGCUCCAGGGUGUCUGGGGUGGGGGGACGGAGGCAACAGUUGGGCAUCUGUCUUCCAGAUGCUGCUGUAGAGAUAGGGCUUUAUUUAUUGACUCUGGGGAGAAGGCUUCUGCCUGUCCCCAUCCCCUCCACCCUGCCAGGCUCCAGAGUUGCCAACGUCCCUGUGGUUUGGAGCAAGCAACAUACCAGAGCAGCAAUAAAGAGACUGAGCAGCUGGUCCCA